GGCUGUGGCUAUGGGUGGCUGUGUUUGUGUGUAUUUAUUCAUUUAUCUUCAAAUUUGUAUGAUUAUUCCACCUUAUUUUUUCUUUGCGAUAGGCCUUGGACCUGCGAGAUCGAAUACACAACCGUGACUGUCCUUGCUACCGCACACCCAUGUACAACCAGCAAAUGGGCCACCCGGCAACCCCUCCCCGGAAUAGCUUCACAGAAGUACUUGCAGACCUGAACAGCCGAGUGAAUGGGAAUACAUCGCCGGGCAACGGGAGAAACUCGUUGCCGUUGGGAUUGUCGGAUGCGAUGCUGUCUUGUUUGGCCGAAAAUAGGUCUCGAUCUGCUAGUGCUAUGCGCACGAGCGAUGUGAACAGUGGCUUCCUGGCAGCUCAGGGUAGGAGCAUGAGUACAGGGGUGAUCAAUCCCAUGACCGACUUUGGGCCGACGGACUUCAGUGUCCUGUGCGGUAUAAGUAAUACUGCCGAUAGGGGGGUGACUAGUUUCAAUGGGUACGGCAAGCAUGGUACUAACGACCUGGAUAGGCCAGAACGGAGCGGGGUCAUAUUGCACACGCGGCAACAGUUUCAGCAACCACCCCAGGCGUCUAACUCAGCCAUGCAACUGGAGUAUGUGGACACUACGGACAGCCAGGUGGUGACUAUCGCGGAAGUACUUCACAAUACCAAGCGCACACGCAGCAACACAGCAGAUAUGCAGAAUGCUAGCAACUGCAAGAGGUUGAAUAGCGGGGGUAGGUCAGUGGAGGCGUUGCUGGAGCGUACAGAGAGUACCAAUACACAACCUCAGAUACAGGCACAGGUACAAAUGCCAAUACAUCAACAGCCACAAGCACAAAUACAAACACAGGCAUACACCCAGACGCAAGCACACUUACAAACACAAACACAUACACCGGCAUACACACGGCCACAAGCACCACAGAAUUACAUCUUCACCGCAUCUAUGCCUAUGAAUAAGUACGAUAGAGACAGCGAUGUCAAGUUAAACGGUCCGAGCAAGGAGAAUGCCAAGGACACUCACAAACUGCCCCUCGGCACAGGGAAUGCGAUGAACGGCACCAGCAGUACCUCCGAAAGCUCGCCACUGGAUGAGACGAUCACAAAGUUAAAUAAAUUGGAUGCGAUUGCGGCACGAGUGGAAUCGCCAGUGAAGUUAAACAAUGUCAACAGCACACGAGGUGCAGCGCAUGAGGUCACCGGAGGUACCGAAAAGCACAAAUCGAACAAGUGCACAUGGAAAGACUGUUCAUUGGCAUUCAUCAAAAGCAGUGAUCUAGUCCGACAUGUGCGAACUCAUACGAAAGAAAUGCCGUUUGCCUGCACCUGGGAGGGGUGUGACAAGCGGUUCAGCGUGAACGGGAUACUGACGAGGCACAUGCGCACACACACCGGUGAACUGCCGUUUUCGUGCACCUGGGAAGGGUGUGAGAAGAGGUGUAGUCAGAACAGUGAUUUGAAACGGCACAUGAGAGUACACACUGCUGAGCUGCCGUAUGAGUGCGUGUGGAAAGGCUGUUCUAAGAAGUUCAGCACUAAAGGGAAUCUAAAGCGCCACACCCGAACACAUACGAAAGUGCGAUGACAACUGUCCUUGCUGCCCCGUCAAUUAUGGUUUGAAGUCGACCGGCAACAAUAUCUACGAACAGGCAGAUAUACUACUGACAAUAGCAGCCGGGUUUAUCAACUUGGGAACGAAGUUGUAUUCGGCUUAUAACUGCAACAACAUCUACAAACAGGCAACUAUCACUAGAGAUCGGCAGCCUGACCAAACUAGGGUUGCAAGUCAGUCAUGGCUUAUAACUGCAACAACAUCUACAGACAGACAGUUAACACUGUACAUCAGACAGAGGUACUGCCAAAUCUUUUGCUGACUAGAGUUGUAAGUCAGUCAUGGCCUAUAAAUGCAACAACAUCUACAGACAAACAGUUAACACUGUACAUCAGACGAGGUACUGCCAAAUAUUUUGCUGAUUAGGGUGUCAGUCAGCUUCGACCCGCACCGCCACGUACAAUUGGAAGCGGCGACUAUGGCAGCCUUAAUUAUUAGCACUGACCAACUCAUUGCAACCUAGAGCAACGACUUUCUUGGGGAAUUGUUAGGAACAUCUCUGUGAGCGGUUGUAGGCCAAUGGGCGAUGCCUGUAUUUAAUACCGAGUAUGGCACUCGCUCGACUCUAUGGCAUAGAUUGGUCAUCUCGAGGAGGUCCGUCGAUAUAUUAUGAAAGAAGUAUGUAAUAAUUAAAUACUAAGUAAUAUAUAAUAAUUUUUGAAACACCAAGUAGCAUAUAAUAAUAAUACCAAAUAAUAUAUAAUACUUCAAUACCAAGUAUUAUAUAAUAAUUGUGUACUAAGUAAUAUAUAAUAAUAAAACACAUAACUACCG